UGACAUUUCUGGCUUGCUUACAACAAAGCACAAUGUCUACGUCGUAUAAAUAUUUAAAAAUUGAAAAUUUGGACAAUUUUCGAAAAAUAAUCAUCAGUAAUCCAACGCAGAAAAAUGCAUUGAACGUGCAAGCCUAUUCAGAAUUAACAGAUGCCUUGAAUUCGGCUGCAAAAGAUGAUUCGGUGACUUUAGUCGCAUUAACAGGUGACGGGGAUUACUACAGUUCUGGAAAUGACAUUAAAGCAUUUCUCACAGUCAACGAUCCACAAAAAGCUGUCGCUGAUGCUGGUAUUGUUUUGAAAUCAAUGAUUCGGGCAUUUUUUACCUUUCCCAAAUUGUUAAUUUGCGUUGUGAAUGGACCUUGUAUUGGUAUUUCCUGCACAACAGCCGUUUUAUGUGAUAUUAUCUAUGCAGUUGAUACGGCAUAUUUUUACACUCCAUUUUCAUUAUUGGGUCUCUGUGCGGAGGGUUGCGCCAGUUACACAUUUCCUCGUAUUCUUGGCAGAAGUAAAGCCAACGAAAUGCUCCUGUUAAAUUAUAAAUUGUCUGCGGCUGAAGCAUACCAAUUUCAAUUGGUAUCAAAAGUAUACAAAAAAUCCGAAUUGAAUACAAUUUUAUGGCCGACAAUUCAAAAACAAUCAAAGCUACCGAGAGAUUCAAUCUGUGUUACCAAACGAUUGAUCAACGAAUUUAAGCUGAAAGACUUAGAAAAUGUAUGUGAUCGAGAGCUAGAAGAGCUAUAUAAACGAUUUGAAUCGGAUGAUUUUAUACAAGCCGUUUCAAAUUUUUUCCAGCGAAAAUCAAAACUCUAAACCAUUCAUUCAAUUUGUCAAUAGUAUGUGAUUGAUGAUAUGUGAAAUAAAUCCAUGUUAAACAUA